AUGAUAUUUAAGGCAAUGGGGGAUGAUCAUGGACCCAAGAUACCAUCAUAUAAAAUAUAUGACAAUUAUCGCGUUAUACCGAAACUUCAGGCGCAUGAGGAAAGGUUGGCACGUAUCGGAUUAAAGGACCCUUGGAUAAGAAACUAUGCUUUCUUAUUCAUGGGACGAUUGGGUGGUGAUCGUUGGAGUAGCUUCAGAUAUAUGAUACGCAGUGGCUGGAAGCUGGGCUGUGGUAUUGCAGCAGCAGUAAUUGCCGUAGAAGAAUCGUAUCUGUAUUUAAAAUACGGUCAUACACAUUGGGGAAAAGCACAUCAUUGA